GGCGGGCGCCCCGGUAGCGGAAGCGGCCUGGAGCGGCCAUGGCGCGGGAGAAGCCGGAGGCGGCCGAGGCGGAGGCGACACCGGAGCUCUCGUACCGGGAGCAGCUCGAAUUCCUGAACCCCAUCGCGCAGCCCCUCGCCUCCCGCAAGCUCACGCGAAAGCUCCUCAAGUGCAUCAGGAAAGCGACCAAGCAGAAGCAGAUCCGCCGCGGCGUGAAGGAGGUGCAGAAGUUCAUCAACAAGGGCGAGAAGGGGAUCGCGGUGCUGGCCGGAGACACGCUGCCCAUCGAUGUCUACUGCCACAUCCCCAUCAUGUGCGAGGACAGGAGCCUCCCGUAUGCCUACGUCCCGUCCAAAACGGACCUGGGACUUGCAGCCGGCUCCAAGCGCCCGACCUGUGUCAUCUUGAUCAAGCCGCACGAGGAGUACCAGGAGGCGUACGACGAGUGCCUGGAGGAGGUGUCGGCGCUGCCCCUGCCGCUGUGAGGAGCCGGGGCCGGGCUGUGCCCUGCCGGCUCCCUGUGCCUCUGCCCGGGGGCUGCUGUGGCUGGGGACUCUGCCGAGAGGACUGAUGGGGGGAUGCUGGGGGGUGAAUAAAGGCGUCUGUGGGUUUGUACAA